AUGUCUUAUCAUAAUGAAGGUGGUGGUGGAGGAGAAAGAAUGGAAAGAGGAGGAGGAGGAGGAGGAGAAAGAGGUAGAGGAGGAUAUCAUAGAGGUGGAGGAGGUGAAAGAGGAGGUGGAGGUGGAGGAGGAGAUAGAGGAGGUCAUCAUAAAUACUAUCAUAACAAUUAUCAAGCAUCAAAAGUAGUUUAUGAUGGUAAACGUAUGAGAAAGGCUGUUGUUAGAAAGACUGUAGACUUUAACUCUACUCUUAUCAAAUAUAAUCUUUCAAGAAUCUAUCAAAGAGAUCAAAGAGAUUUUAAUGCCGUUGAACCUGAUCCACUUUAUAUUAAAGAAAUUCUACCACCAAUAGCAUUAAUUGAUAAUCCUAUAACAAGUUUAUGUACAAGAUUUAUUCAUACUUCAGCAAAUAAAGUUAGAUAUCCAAUUAAUUGUGUUAGUUGGACACCAGAAGGUAGAAGAUUAGUAACAGGAUCAUCAAGUGGAGAAUUUACAUUGUGGAAUGGUUUGACAUUCAACUUUGAAACUAUUUUACAAGCACAUGACAAGGCUGUACGUGCAAUUACAUGGUCACAUAAUGAAAAUUGGAUGGUAUCGGGUGAUGAUGGAGGUUCGAUUAAAUAUUGGCAAUCAAAUAUGAACAAUGUAAAGGUGUUUACUGCACACAAGGAAUCGGUAAGAGAUAUUGCCUUUUCACCGACCGAUUUAAAGUUUGCCUCUUGUUCAGACGAUGGUACACUCAAGAUUUGGGACUUUGCACGUUGUAAAGAGGAAAAGUCAUUGUUGGGUCAUGGUUGGGAUAUCAAGUGUGUCGAUUGGCAUCCAACCAAAUCUAUAUUGGUGUCUGGUUCAAAGGAUACACUGAUCAAGGUGUGGGAUGUAAGAAGUGGUGAAAAUAUAUCGACCUUGCACGGUCACAAAAAUACAAUUGCACAGCUAGAGUGGAACAAGAAUGGAAAUUGGUUAGUCUCUGCGUCGAGGGAUCAGCUUUUACGUCUCUAUGACAUUAGAACAAUGAGCGAAUUGCAGUCGUUCAAGGGUCAUGGAAAAGAGGUUACAUCGGUGUCGUGGCAUCCAUUCCACGAGGAAUUGUUUGUUAGCGGUGGUAAUGACGGUUCGAUCCUUUAUUGGAUGGUGGGUCGUGAUACGCCUCAAGGAGAAAUUUACGGUGCUCACGAUGCUAGUGUUUGGUCGCUCUCUUGGCAUCCAAUAGGUCACAUCUUGGCAAGUGGCUCAAAUGACUAUACCACAAAGUUUUGGUGUCGUAAUCGUCCUGGUGAUACAAUGAAGGAUAAAUACAAUAAUCCCAACGCCUCUCAUGAUAUUGAAAAUGAAGAGGAUCUCGAACCAAAGGAUAUCGGUGGGGCUGCCGGUGCAGGUGGUGCUGGUGGUCUUCCCGGUCUUUCUCUUCCUGGUUUAUCUUCAAAUUAUGUUUUCGAUGAUGGUAGUAGUAGUAGUGGUAUGAGUACAAGUACUAUUACAGGUAGUUUGCCUCAACAACCUUCGCCACCUCUAAUGUCUUUUAACAAUAACAAACAAGAAAGAAAUCAGCAACAAGAUAGACCACCUUAUCAAAGACAAGAUAGACAAGAUAGACAAGAGAGACAAGGUCAAUUUAAUCAAGAUAGACAAGAGAGACAAGAUAGAAAUCAAGAGAGAAAUCAAGAGAGACAUCAAGAAAGAAAUCAUCAAGAGAGAAAUCAGGGACAACAGGAAAGAGGUGGGUUUAACCAAGGGCAACAAUUUAGACAACAUGGAAAUCAACAAGAUCGUGGUGGUUAUAAUCAACAACAUCAACAACAUCAACAACAAUUUAACCAAGGAAAUCAACAACAACAAGUUCAAGGUUAUAAUCAACAACAACAACAACCACCACAACAAUUUAAUCAACAUCAAUUUGAUCCAAGAUUUAAUCAAGGUCAACCACCACAACAACAACCACAAUCUCAACCUCCUCAAGGAUAUAACCAACAACAAUUUGAUCCAAGAUUUAAUCAAGGUCAACCACCUCAACAACAACAACAACCUCAACAAGGAGUCCCUUCUCAUAUUAUUCAACCACCUACUUUUAAACAACAGCCAAGGAGAUAA